GCUCUACCCGCCUCCCCCCUCUGGCUGUGCUGGCUCCCUCAGCUGCUUUCAGUUGCCCUGUGUGCAGUGUGCAGUGUGGACAGGGCUAGGCUGAGCUGGGCUGUGUUGAGGACAUAUAGUGGAUCUGUGUAGUGAAUUUGUGAGAACUACAGAAGGAGUGUCUCAGUACAGACUCUGUUUCCCAAACUAAUUGGAUUAGGAACUGGAACAUACUGGACCUGUUUUUCUACACUAACUUAAGACAGAGCUUUAAGCGAGGGGAGGCUGGAAGAGAGAAAAUAGAAAACCAUACAAGGGGUCAACACUGGAGAACUGCUGGAGCAGAGACCCACGUCAAGGCUGAUCUCUAGCCCAGCUCCCCUCACUCUCCCUGGGAUCGGUAUGGUGGGACUCCUCCUGCCUCUGACCUCCAACACUGGGGUGAUGUUCUGUGUCUCUGGAACCCCUGACCCCUAACCCCUGAACCUAGGACAGAUUCUGGUAAGGUUUUGUGAAUUACUGUCUUCUGGAGGACUGGUGCUUCAGGGACCUGUCUGGCCUCUUUCUCCCUUGGAUCAUGGCCUCUCUCUGUGGCACGGUGGUGCUGCUGUGUGGGGUGGUGGCUCUCUUUGGAGCCCAGCAGAAAAAGAGCAAUGUUCCACGGCUAAAACUCUCUUACAAAGAGAUGUUGGAGUCCAAUAACUUGGUGACGUUUGAGGGCCAGGUGAAUAGCUCUGCCUACCACACGUUCCUAUUGGACGAGGAGAAGGGUCGUCUGGUGGUGGGAGCCAAGGACCACAUCUUCUCCUUCAACCUAGUCAACAUCAGCAGAGAUAUGGCACAGAUCCCGUGGCCUGCCUCCACCUCCAGAAGAGACGAGUGUAAAUGGGCAGGAAAGGACCUAAUGAGUGAAUGCUCUAAUUUCAUCAAGGUGUUACAGCCAUUUAACCAGACCCAUCUGUAUGUAUGUGGAACCGGAGCCUUCCACCCUGUCUGUGCCUACCUGGAGGUGGGGAAGAAACUAGAGGACAGUGUGUUCAGGCUGGAGCCCCAGAUAGAGAACGGUCGAGGGAAGAGCCCUUAUGACCCCAAGCUGCUCACAGCAUCCAUGCUCAUUGAUGGCGAACUGUAUUCUGGGACGUCAGCUGACUUCAUGGGGAGAGACUUUGCCAUUUUCCGUACGCUGGGACAGCAUCACCCAAUCAGAACAGAGCAACACGACUCUCGCUGGCUGAACGACCCCAGGUUUGUGAGUGUCCACAUGAUCCCAGAGAGUGACAACCAAGAGGAUGACAAGAUCUACCUGUUCUUCAGAGAGAAUGCUAUGGAUGGGGAACACGCAGGGAAGGCUACUCAAGCACGCAUCGGACAGCUCUGCAAGAAUGACUUUGGAGGCCACAGGAGUCUAGUGAAUAAGUGGACCACGUUCCUGAAGGCCAGACUGGUCUGUUCUGUACCUGGACUCAACGGCAUAGACACUCACUUUGACGAACUACAGGAUGUGUUUCUGAUGAGCUCUAAGGAUCCCAAGAACCCCAUUAUCUAUGCAGUGUUCACUACCCUCAGUAACAUCUUCAAGGGUUCAGCAGUGUGUCUGUACAGCAUGGCAGACAUCAGAAGGGUGUUUCUAGGUCCCUAUGCACAGGGACGGCCUAACUACCAGUGGGUUCCCUUCCAGGGACGGGUACCAUACCACGGGCCCGGAAACGGUAAGGGCAUGACGGGGCCUUGGUGCCCCAGCAAGACGUUCGGUGGAUUUGAUUCGACAAAGGACUUGCCCGAUGAUGUCAUAACAUUUGCCAGAGGUCACCCGGCGAUGUUUAACCCCGUCUACCCCAUCAACAACCGACAAUCAUAGUCCAAGACGGACACAGACUACCAGUUCACACAGAUAGUGGUGGACAGAGUGGAGGCUGAGGACGGACAGUACGACGUCAUGUUCAUAGGCACAGAUAUAGGGACAGUGCUGAAGGUGGUGUCCAUCCCCAGAGGGUCCUGGCAUGACCUGGAGGAGAUUCUACUGGAGGAGAUGACUGUGUUCAGGGAACAAGCUGCUAUUACAGUGAUGAAACUCUCUACAAAGCAGCAACAGUUGUACCUCGGCUCAGAGCUGGGUGUAUCCCAGAUGCCUUUGCAUCGCUGUGAGGUGUACGGGAAGGCCUGUGCUGAGUGCUGUCUGGCUAGAGACCCUUACUGUGCCUGGGACGGGACCGAGUGCUCACGAUACUUUCCUAUGGCCAAGAGGAGGACAAGGAGACAGGACAUCAGGAACGGAGACCCUUUAACCCAGUGUUCAGAUCUGCAGCAUCAAGAUAACCUGAAUGGGCAGCCCACGGUGCUGGAUAAGACGGUGUAUGGAGUGGAGAACAGCAGUACGUUCCUAGAGUGUAGCGCCAAGUCCCAGAGAGCAGUCACCUACUGGCAGUACCAACAAGCCAAUGACGACCGAAGACAAGACAUCAAAUCAGAGGAUCGUUUUGUACGUACGGAGCAGGGCUUGCUGAUCCGCACAUUGGACAAGAAGGAUUCUGGGAUGUAUGUGUGCCAGGCAGUAGAACACGGCUUCAUGCAGACGCUCCUAAAGGUCACCCUGGAGGUCAUCGACACUGAACGCCUCGACGAUCUCAUUCAUCGUGAUGACGAAGACACCGCACACACCGCUACCACACACACCACCGCCCGGGACACGUCCACAGCCCGGGAAUCGCCCAAUCAGAAGCUUUGGUACCGUGACUUCCUGUCGUUAGUGAACCACCCGACCCUGAAUAGCGUGGAUGAGUUCUGUGAGCAGGUGUGGAAGAGGGAGAGGAAGCAGAGGAGGCAGAAAGCACACCUAUCCCAACAGGUCCAGCUACACCAGCAGCAGCAGCAGGGCCUCGUGCACGCUCACACCCACGUGCACGCCCACGGCCUGGCGGCCAAAUGGAAACACCUGCAGGAGAGGCAGAAGGGCCGCAACCGCCGGACCCACGAACUGGAGAGAGCCCCCCGCAGCGUCUGACCUCGCACCCACUGAAUCCCAUGACCCUCCAACCCCCAACCCACGUACCCUUUCCUCGUCCCCGAACACCCUCCGAACCUCCUCCCCUGCCUCCUCUGCCCCAUACAGAGAUAAAGACUCGUUCCACACUGACUUUGUACAGAGAAUCUCAACUGGAAACAAAGGCAAUAUCCCGCCCUGGUCGAUGUGUAGGCUGCGUGGGCACCCAUGUUUACAGUGACACGGCACAGAGACACAGGAUGAUACAGUACUAUUAUAUUCUAUUAUCUCAGCUGGCCUCUGUGGCCCCAGCACCAUGGAGGGACAGUGUCAGCCAACAUGAGGACUGGACUUCAUGUAAUUACAUGCUCUCUCUACUAUUGAAUAACCUAUUGAAAACAUGGCUCUGUCUCCGCAGUAGUAUGGCUUUGUAUAGCUCAUCGUUGUUGUCCACCCAGAUUUAGUGGGUAUCUUCUAUUAACAACCACUAUCUUGGAACAAGGGAUGAUAGUGUUUGAUGACAUACAUGACUGAGCAGGGAUGUACCUUAUGUGUGUAUCACAAGGACAAUUAUAAUAUACAGGUCAUGUAAAGCACAACGGUUUGAUGUUGAGAAGAUUCUAUGAGAUAUGAAGAGUUCUGAGGAGAGAGGAGGAUGCCCGAGCACUGCAAGAAAAUAAAUCCAUGGCUACUGAAAAUUCAGUAGUCAUGGAUUUAUAACUAAAGAUGUUAUUCUAACUUAAAUCAGACAUGUAAAUAUGCUUUGAAACAUUAUUGUACAAAAGGGAAUGGUUUGCGGGUUUCUUGUUACAUGAUGCUGUUUCACCAUAAACAAUUGAAUUAAGCAGUAGGUUAAAAAAGUAUCCAACAAGAUUCUGAAAGUGAUUGUGUUCAGUGUAUAGAUAAUCUCUCCCUUCCAAGACACAAAUGUUUUGAUGUUUUGAUGUUAAUCUUUUUGAUUUGUUCAGAGUCCUGUAUAAAAUAUGUUACAUCGUUGAAGUUGACUUUAUUUGAAAUAUUUUCUUCAAUUUAUGUUUCAGUCAAACCCCUGCAUCCCAGUUGAACUAUUCAAUCUGUGUCGCGGAGCGUUAAAGUUGGCGUGAUAGAAAUGGAAAAGUAAUUCCUGAUUGAGAUGUCAUAUGCAGYGUUUACCGUGAAUGCAGUCUCCGCCAACGCGGGAACAUUGCCUUUGAAUUUCAAUCAUGCUGUAACACUGAACGUCCUCGAUUCGGAUAGAAUAGAACCCUAAAACUUUGUCGUCUCUGCAUCGACUCUGUCACAUGUUGUUUAAAUGAAUAAAUUACUAAAUUUGCAAACAAAACUUGUUUCCAACACACACAKAUUUAUAGAUAUGUAUAUGUACAUUGUGAAAAAAAUAUUUGAUAUAAGUUGAUCUAUUUCAGAAAACAUUUUGUAACAUCUAUUUUUUAUUGUUUUAUAUCAUUAUAACCCUGUUGUUACUUUAUGAUAACACCUACAUGUACAGUGCAUUCGGAAAGUAUUCAGACCCCUUGACUUUUUCCACAUUUUGUUAAGCCUUAUUCUA